GCUGCUGAACUGCCCAGCUGAGCCAACAUUGAGGGCAUCCUAGCAAUUCGGCCCGAUGUGCUUUGCUCUCACGACAUAAUGGUGGCAUACUGGCAGCAGGCUGGACUCAGCUACAUCCAAUACUCCCAGAUCUGUGCAAAAGCACUGAGAGAUGCACUGAAGACAAAAUUCAAAGCAAAUGCCAAGAAGACUUCUGGCAGCAGCGUAAAAAUUGUGAAAGUAAAAAAGGAAUAAUCUGCCUGACUAAAGCUUGAAAUGCUACAUUUUCAAGGUAAAGGUGUGUGGGCAUAUGUUAUGGCAGAAUCAAAACGAUCUUACUUCAUGAAAAAAAAAUACCUGUCUUGUUUGUAGAUUGACAUUGCCAAUAAAUUGAAGUAUGGUUCACUCUUUUUUAAAAAUGUACUUAAGAAGAUGCUACAAAUGAAAAAGUUUUAGCACAAAUUAAUUACUAACUGAAAAUUGUUAAGACCUCAGGAUACAUGGAAGAAUGUAGGGAAAAGGUACACAAUUUAAUAAAUUUCUUAUUCAU